GAAAUAGGUCUUUAACAUUGAGUAACUCGUAUAUGCCACGGGUAUUUCACUAUCGUUUCCUGUAGACACAACACGCAGCUAGUUGAUGAUCUUGUCAGUGGGGCAGAAUCAGUGAAAGGUCAAGUUACUGUGCUUAGAAUAAUGGAUAGGAUAUUAAAGGGUGUGAUGAAGUACAGAAAGUGCCAUAGGGAAGGAAUGGUCAAGCAGUUUCAGCAAGUUCGCGACCACCCGGAGCCGAAGGCAGUGUUCUUUACCUGCAUGGACUCCCGGAUGAUCCCAACUAGAUUUACGGAAACAAACGUUGGGGACAUGUUUGUGGUGAGGAAUGCAGGAAAUAUUGUUCCUAAUUCGCAACACUUUGUCGAUGAACUCACUAUGUGCGAACCAGCUGCCUUAGAACUGGGAUGUGUUGUAAAUGACAUAAGACAUAUCAUAGUAUGUGGACACAGCGAUUGCAAAGCUAUGAAUCUAUUAUAUGCUCUGAGGGAUGAAGAGUUUGCUUCACAGGCUAACAGAAGAAUAUCGCCAUUACGUGCAUGGCUCUGUGCACAUGCAAGUAGUAGUUUGGCAAAAUUUCAACAAUUAGAAAUUACUGGAUUCCACGAACCCAUUCUAUUUCAAGCAGAGACGCCUAUGCGCAAGUUUGUCGCAUACAUAGAUCCAGAAAAUAAAUUUUCCAUAGAGGAUAAGUUAUCUCAAAUUAACACUUUGCAACAACUGCAAAAUGUGGCUUCCUAUGGUUUCCUAAAAAAGAGGCUGGAAAGACACGAUCUGCACAUUCACGCUCUCUGGUUCGAUAUCUACACAGGUGACAUUUAUUACUUUAGCCGUGCAAAUAAAAGAUUCGUAGAAAUAAAUGAACUGACGGAGACACCUCUGCUUCGUGAGAUCAAAAAAUAUUAUUCGUAAUAAAAAAAAAAAUAUGAAGCGAGUUAAAAAAAUAUUCCUUAUUUAAAAACAAAAAUGAAUCAUUGUACAAAAAGCGAUGAGGACCGUUGCGAGUUUCUCAUUUUUUCAAUUUCCACGAUGUACCUGCUUCCUCAAUUGCACAGAGGCAAUUUAUAUCUAAGUAUGUUCUUUUUUAUCUAUGUAAUAUAAACUAUUUUUAUCGACUUCCAAUGCAAUCAAAUUGCGAUCCAUGCGCGAAUUCCAAAAUAAUAAAAUAAUCUAUCACAAAAUCAAAAAGAAUGCCUGCGGUAUAAGAUUAUAAUUCCGUAUGUAAUAUUAUAUGUAUAAAUAAAUUAUAUUUUUUAUGUGGUUAA